AUGACACCAGAAGAUGAUGUAAAAUUAUUUCAGUCUAUUGGUCUGAGUGAACAAAAGGCCAAAGAAACUAUAAAAAAUAAACAAGUUUCCAAUAAUUUAAAACUUGCUCUAACAGAGGCCAAUAAGCAUGGAAUUAUUUCACCUGAAGCUGGUAUUUUGUUGUACCAUCUUGCUUCAAAAAUAAAGAAUCAAAUUUCAGAUAAAUUGCCAUUUCUUACUAAAUAUAUAGUUGAAAAGAAAUUAGACACAACUCAACGAGUAGAUGCUGCACUGAAUUAUUUACUCAGUCAUAUAAAAAAGGACAUUGAUAUUCCUAAUUUUGAAAAAGAAUGUGGUGUAGGUGUUGUUGUAUCUCCAGAAGAAAUUGAAUGCAAAGUGGAGAAAGUUAUAAAUGCACAUAAAACAGAAAUAUUAGAAAAAAGAUAUCACUUUAAUGUUGGUCCAUUAAUGCAACAAGUACGUAACACUUUAAAAUGGGCAGAUGGAAAAGCAAUAAAAAAUGAAUUUGAUGUUCAGUUGCUUGAUUUAUUAGGUCCAAAAUGUGAUUCUGAUCUUGCUCCACUUCCUAAAGCAACAAAACAACCAAAAGCAAAAAAAGCAGAGAAAGAGAUAGUGGAAAAGAAAAAUACAGCAACAAAUGAGAAAAUAGUAGGUGCUCAAACAAUAAGUGAAUUAAUGAAAACCAAAGUUCAUUUCCAUAAACCAGGAGAAAAUUAUAAAACUGAAGGAUACAUUGUAACACCAAACACACAUAAACUACUUCAAGAACAUUUAAAAAUAACUGGUGGUAAAGUGAUCACUAGGUUUCCACCAGAACCUAAUGGCAUUUUACAUAUUGGUCAUGCAAAAGCAAUCAGUAUCAAUUUUGGAUAUGCUGCAGCUCAUGAUGGCAUGUGUUAUUUACGCUAUGAUGAUACAAAUCCUGCAAAAGAAGAAGAGAAGUUUUUCAUUGGGAUCCAUAAAAUGGUGGAAUGGCUCGGUUAUAAACCUGCUAAAAUUACUCAUUCUUCUGAUUACUUUCAACAGCUAUAUGAAUGGGCUGUACAGCUUAUAAAGAAAGGGUUAGCGUAUGUUUGUCAUCAAUCUAGCGAGGAAAUAAAAGGUUUUAAUCCACCUCCGAGUCCUUGGCGUGACAGGCCUAUCUCAGAAAAUUUACAAUUAUUUAAUGAUAUGAAGGAUGGAUUGCUCGAAGAAGGUGAAGCUACAUUACGUAUGAAAGUGACAUUAGAAGAGGGGAAACAAGAUCCUGUUGCAUAUAGAAUAAAAUAUUCUCCUCAUCAAAGAACAGGAGAUCAGUGGUGUAUUUACCCAACUUAUGAUUUUACUCAUUGUUUAUGUGACAGUAUAGAAAACAUAACUCAUUCUCUUUGCACAAAAGAAUUUCAAUCACGAAGAUCAUCGUAUUAUUGGCUUUGUAAUGCUUUAGAUAUUUAUUGUCCUGUACAAUGGGAAUAUGGUAGAUUAAAUGUAAGUUAUGCAGUUGUUUCUAAGAGAAAAAUCAAUAAGUUGAUUGAAGAGGGUAUUUUAUCUGAUUGGGAUGAUCCUAGAUUAUUUACACUAACAGCUCUGCGUAGACGAGGUUUUCCACCUGAAGCGAUAAAUAAUUUCUGUGCACAAAUGGGUGUAACUGGUGCUCAAGCAGUUGUUGAUCCAGCUGUUUUAGAAGCAUGCGUUAGAGAUGUUUUAAACCUCACUGCGAGUCGACAUAUGGUCGUUUUAGAUCCGAUAAAAAUAACCAUCAGUAAUUUUCCUCAUGAAAAUCCCAUAAAAUUAAGUAUUUCUGAUUUUCCCAAUGAACCAGAAAGAGGACAACAUGAAAUUACUUUUGAUAAAAUUGUGUAUAUCGAGAGUUCUGAUUUUAAAGAGAAAGCAGAAAAAGAUUUUAGGCGUUUAACGCCAAAUCAAUCUGUUGGUUUAAAAUAUAUAGGAGUGGUAUUAAGAAUGAAAGAAAUAGUGAGAGAUGGUGAUGGUAACAUUGUAAAUUUGAUUGUUGAACAAGAACCUAUCUCUGAAGCUAAUAAACCUAAAGCUUUUAUACAUUGGGUGUCCAAUCCUGUACCAGCAUCCAUUAGAUUAUAUGACCGGCUAUUUAAGCAUAAGAAUCCUGAAGAUCCACAUGAAGUUCCGAAUGGUUUCUUAAGCGAUAUUAAUCCAGCUAGUAAAAAAGAAGUUGUUGGAUAUAUUGAUACAAGCUUAACAAAUUUAGCAAAGCCAUUUAAUAAAUUUCAAUUUGAACGUGUUGGCUUUUUCUCUGUAGAUCCUGAUACAGUGCCAGGAAAGCUUGUUUUUAAUCGGACAGUAACAUUGAAAGAGGAUUCAGGGAAGGUGUAAAUAAAAUGUGACUGUAAUGUAUGAACAAUUUAAGUUCUACAAUGUUUUACAUAUUUUGUAAUAUUUUAAAUAUUAUUUAUAAAUAGCAAUUAUAUAUAAAU